CAGUUGCCGCAUUCACAUGAGAAAUGUUAAAAGAGAAAUUUGUGUGUUAAUAAAAAACCAUCGGGAUCUUAAUAUUGAUUUUCGCGAGAAGUAAGAAAGCGUAUUACCGAAUGCAUCACACAUUAAUAACUUCUUUAUACUCUUGAAUAAUUUUAAAAUACCUAAUUAUUUCGCAAUCACGUGUUAGUGCGGUGUAACAAAUGAAUAAGUUGAAUUCUGUGAUUUAGGAAUUUUUCAAUUCAUUGUAAAAACUAAAAAAAAAACAACAACUAAAACGAACUUUAAGCAUUCAAGUCAAAACUUAGAUAUGAAGCAAAUCUACAUACUUCUUAUCAUACUUCCACUAUUAUGCCAUACAUAUCCCUCAGAAGACUCAAAUCAAAGUGAUGAUAGUGAAUUAGCGGAAAGUGAUCCACAAAUAACAAAAAGAUCUGGAAGCAUUGAUUUAGUGACGCAUAUUAAAUCCGGACUAUUAGCUAGUAUAAGUAAAGCCUCAGCGUCAAUAGCAUCUGGAAGUUCUGGAGGAAGUAGUGGCUAUAAGUCAAUUGAUAAUGAACAUACGAAUUCCGUAGAAUUUGAUCCAUGGUCAUUAAAAAAAUCAGUUCUCAAUACGAUCUUCCAAGCUGUAAAAGCAAUCACUGGAGGAGUAACUGCUCUUAAAGGACAACUUAUUAAAGGCAGUGGUUAUGUACUAAGUGCGGGUGGUAAGUUGGUAGCAGCUUCUGGUGACAAAGUUACAGAUGUCGGCAAGAAUAUCAUCAAUUCUGCACAAUUAUCUCCUACUCCCCCGCAAGGCCAUGGACAGUCAUCUCAUCCUUUGUUUAAAUUAAGCAGCUUAUCGGGCGGUUCUUCUGGUGGAGGCCAUGGUCAAGGACCUGUUGUUCAUUCAGAAACUAUUACAACAUACGAAAUACCUCCCGGUCAUCACAACUAUGGACCACCAUCUAAGCCACCAUCAUUUGGCGGUGGCACACACCAGCAAUACCUGCCACCACAGAGCUACUCAGGUGGAGCCCCAUUUUCAAAUCAUGCAUCAUUUGAAGCACCAUCCAAUAACUAUUUGCCAUCCAAAUAUGGUCCAUCAUAUGAAGACGGUGGUGAACAUAUUAUUCCAUACACAGGACAACAUUCAGACGCAUUCAAUAUUUACGGACGACAUACGAAACUUUCCGAAAAAGAAGUACGCAAGGCAGCAGAAUCCCUACAGGAAAUUCUUCAAUUACUUCCUGCCAAAAAUAAACACAAAGAAAUUACCAAAACAUCAGUAACUAUAGAAAAAGGCCAACACGAUGGCUACACGUACUCAGAUCCACCUAAUGACUUCAAUCAGUACGAUAUACCACCGUUGAGACAACUCGAGUCUGUAUCGCAUGUAGAAACAAUAACGGCAGCCUACGGGCCACCGCUUCCACACAAAAUACACUCUAACAUUGAAAAUAAAAACCCAUCUGAUAUUUACCGCCAAAUGGCUCACAGAAACAAGGACACUGCUUCCCCCUCAUCAAAUCAGGCCGAAGGAUACUCUUACCCCAAUCCACAUCAUGACAACACCAUACAAUCCUCCUAUCCUCCUUCCUCCAGUUCUCGCGGUGGUGUCCUAAAGAACAUAGUCAAGUCUACAAGUUAUAAAGUAAACAUUGACCCGUAUCGAUCAUCCCCACCCACAUCAUUAGGUCCAAGUCACUCCCAUCAGUCAAAAGCACAACAGUACACAUACUUUAAUCCGGUGGAAAACAGAAUCGACACUCAAUUCGAACGAAGACGUGACUCGAGGCAAAAUCUAAGAAAGUUCGAAUAUCUCAGGAAUUCUCAGAUACGAAAUGCCGACAUGUUUAAUCGAAAUAUGUUGAUGUAAUUUACGAACAUCAAACAACAACAACACAAAGGACCCAUUUCAUAGUCAGGGAUGAUUUGCAUGAACUAUUUAUUAUAUUAUUCACAGUCUUUAAUUUAAACUAUAAACAAAAUCUACAAUAAUGUGAUAAAGUAUGCAUUAUAAUGAAUAUUACUGAAUUGAUCAUCUGGUGAUAGCAUAAUGAAUUAUAUUAAUUUUAAUCUGUGGCAUCAAAACAACCUUGAAAAGCUUAGUAGAUCGGCUUUCUAAGUUGCGAAUGUGAGACGAAUACACUUUUGAAAAAGGACAAAUGUUUGCAUAUAAAAAGUGAUUGUCACAAUAGUGCUUACAUAAGUAGUUUAAGUUACACUAAGGAAAAGUGCAGUAUGUAGAUAAUCUAUUUUUAACUGCACAUUGUUUUUUGUUAAUAGUGAAAGAAUUUUUUUUUUUGUUAAUUUUAAGUGCAAUGAAUGUAAAUUUAAGAAGAAAUAAAUAUUUUGUAUUUAUGCUUA